AAACUCAUGUAAACAAAUUCUAAUGCUGCUUCACAUGCUCUCGGAAUUAUUGCACGUGAACGCCCUCCUAUUUCGAAACUUGAAUGCGAUGAGCUCGUGGUGAUUGUGGGGAAAGCGGGAGUUAUCAAAUUUCCUAUAGCAUGUGAAGGCAGCAUAAUUAGGCUAGGCUACUUGUGUUCGUGGUGUUCACUAUGUAACUUUUUUGGUUCAAAAUUAACAAAAUUUAAAUAAUGAGUCAAUACAUCAUCAAUCCUUAUUCCAAAACAAGUUUUUGUCUUACCUUGAUUCUAUGGUAGCCUAAGUGUUUAUAUUUUAGACCUAGCGGGAUGGUUUUCGCGGGAAAUUCGCACAUACUGCACUCGCCCGUUCGUGUCUCGUCAUAUGCGUAAAUACAGAAAAGUUUGGGAGUGGCAUUAGUUGUCCCAACGAGCGAGAAAGAUUUACAUUGAGCAGCUAAUUCUCGAACCUCUGGGGAAAUCGCCUGUUUGAGAAAAAAGAAAGAAAGAAAAAAGCUAAACAUAGGAGAGUCUCCUGGCAAAAGGGGACGCGACAGAGCUCGUAAUAUGAGAAUCGACACUGGCUUGGCUUUUUGGAGAUGGCGAGGAGGGAUUUGAAAUGUUAUAAAAGCGAUACUGAGAUGGCGUUUUUAUUACACAACGGCUUGAUCCGACUGACGCAUGGCAAAAUGGCAGAAACUAGAAAAGAAGAAGUAGACGGGGGAAAUGAGGUUAAUGACCCACCAGAAUGGGGUGAGGACGCAACAAAGGAUUUGAAAAAUGGUGGAAAACAGAUGGAAAGUCCGGUCAAGGAGAAGAGUCUUGGACUUAUGAAGACGUUCAGAGCGAGUCUGAAAGCAGUCAAAAACAAAAGGUCAGAGAGCACAGACAGCGACCAAAGCCAAAUCUCAAAUUCUCCAUUACGACCACCGUCUUCUCCAAGCUUGAGCAGAGGAUCGCCCUCACAAUCUUCAUUUCAGAGUCCCAAGGCAGAAAAAGCUUCUCUUACCAGAUCUAUGUCAGAUUCUGCAGUUGGAUUAACAGGUACAUUGGCAAAGAAGGGAGCAUCGAUCAGGCAGAGUUUGCGUCUGGGACCUAAAAAACACAAACAGGAACUACUUGAACCUGUCACAGAGACCUUGCCUUCAUCUGAAGAGCAGAAAUCAGAUAGUGUGGAGAGCAUGGACAAAGUGUUGGAGCUCAGAGACACGUAUACUCUGCCUGAGAUACCAGCUUUGCCUUUAUCAGUAAUGGAAAUUAACAGACUGAUAGAGAAGGAAGCUUUAGAGGAAGCCUAUCUGAAUCUACUCUCUCUACGUUUGGAGCUUCAGCGGGAACAUCAAGCUCUAGAUCAAGAAGACUGUCCCAUCGAACUAGUGCAUAAGGAGAAAGACCUCAGUCUGCUUUAUGGCACACUAAGAAACAAAAUGUCUGCCAUUGUAUGCAACUCCAGUUCUCCACACUCAUGCGAUAAAGAGCUGUUGGUGUAUGUAGCAUAUAUUAUCCUGGAGGAAGAGAAGAGACAGGGAGAAACAGGAGCAAUGCAGGGAUGGAGGGAAGCAUGGAGGGAUGCGAUACGAGACGGGGUUCGAGAUACUCUAAAGAAUGUUCACCUGGACAGCCGUGAGCAGAAUGCUUCCUGGUUGGCAGUGCAUCUGGGGCUUCUGGGUAAAGCUGUGGUGGAGGAUUUGGAGAGAGUGAAGACUAAACUUCUGAGCUCCUAUCCAGAAGAUUUUAAAGUGUUUGAAACCUACGUGUCCUGCCAUCAUGAGGCUGUAGGAGAGCAUUUAAAGAGACUUCUGGAAAAGGUGACAGAGCUGAAAGAUUACUACGCUCUUCUAGAUUUCAUUAUUCAUCGCUACCCUAGUGAGAAGAUUAUGGGAAGCUGCUCUCUGCAGCCAGAGCUGAAGGAAGAUCAGAGAGUGCUUCCACUGGACAAAGACUUCCUUAAUCAGAUUAAAGUCAAAUACUGCAGUCGCUUACAGGCUGACAUGAGAACAUCACUUGACAGAAUUAUUGAGUUGGAGAAUGAGGAAAUGUGGAAAGAAAGGAGAAAACCAAACAUUGAUGAGGGAAUCUACAGCUCACACAUCGACAUGGACAUCUGCACGAAUAUUAAAGGGCAUGUACAAGGAUCCAGUAGAAUCGAUGUGAGCCUUGAGCAGAAGGUUGUCCGAUCCUGUCUGGAGGAACUGAAGACCUUUCCAAAAAGGUUUGAGUCAGCAUUUGUUGAGUGGAGCAGUCCUCUCUCUAACUCUUCUCUCUGGGUAGAAUAUCACAUCAGCUACAUCAACAGCUUUAGUGCCCUAAAAGAGCACAUGGAGAGCUAUAAGGACAGCUGCCCCAUUCCGCUAGAGCUGGUUCGAAGGGAAAUAGAUGGACUGACCACCAAAUUGAGUCAAUCUUUGAUGGAGCACUUCAAAACAGAUGUCAAGCCUUUCCUCAGGAGACAAAUGACAGGAAAAUGGUUUUCAUUUGAUGAAGACUUUUCACAGCUGAUCAAAAGAACUAAGACUCUUUCUGAACAGACCAAAUACAUGAGCCCAAAACAUAAACAGGCCUUUGUGAAUGAAGCUCACUUUUUCGUGGUGAAGGAAUAUGUUUCUCAGCUCAUGAAGAAUAACUACUCAUGCAAAAACAGGAAGAACGAGACGGCUGCCACUAAAAUUGCAAAUCAGUGGGAGGAACUGAGGGAGAUUUUCCAAGAAAUGCAUUCUACCUCAGAUUGGCUCCAUCCAGUCGGGGACCAACUGAGCAAGAUUAUUGGGUGCAGGAAAAGUGAUGUAAAACAUAACCUACAGCCACUGGUUGAAAACUAUCCAGACAUCAGAAAGAGCCAUCUCUCAGCUGUGCUGUACUUCCGAGGAAUUAUAAGAGGCAGGGAAAAGCAUAUUAUACUACAGCGACUGGCAGAGCUGAAAGGGAGCGUUGGGAAUGCUGGGAGUAAAGAGCAUGCUCUCUUUAAUGAGAUUCAAGCAGCAGAUAACACAGAAUGCCUGCCUGGUACAACCUUCUCCUGUCUAUCCUUCAUCAUGCCAGAUAGCUAAUCCAAAGAAUUGUACUUCAUUUGAUUUGAAUUGGAAAUAAUGAUUAUACUGUUUGAUAGUGACAGUAUGCCUAAUAAUAAGAGCGAUAAGGAAUGUUUUCAUGCCUUUGUGAAUGAUUCAGUCUUGUAUUCUAACAAGAUUAUUUGGUAAAUGUGUUUUUGUCUAUUAUCAUGUGGAAUUCCAUGUAAUUGAGGUCAGACCAUAGACAGAAUCUAAUCAGACUAUAUUGUAAGCAUUAUUUUAAAACAAUGCCAUUGGCCUUUUGGUGAUGAUAAUGUGAUAUGUCUAGAUGCCACAUCUUAGACAAGAAGCUUUCUCAAAAGUGCAUGCCAGUGGUAUUUAAGUAGUCCUGCACAAACAAUUAAAAACUCACAUACAGGUCAGGUUAAA